AUGACAUAUCAUGUUCACGGUGCCAGUCCACGUCUCGCCCCGAAUACUUUUCGGAGCAUCGGAGUUUCUGACAGCAAUACCAGUCACUCGAAUUGGAGCAGGAAGCGAUGGCGGAACUUCAUACUGCAGCCCAAGUCAGAAGUCUCUCAUAACAGACUCACGUUUCAGAAGCGACGCCCUAAUCGGGACAAGAUCCACGUGGACUCACAUGUUCUCUUUUACCGUCGUUUUCUCUCCAAACAACAGCCGUGCAGUGUUUGUGAACGGCCACUCAGUGUGUUUGAAUUCAAUGCGAUAUUACCAUGCGCUCAUAUUGUACACCAAAGCUGCUAUGAAGAAAAAAUGAUUAAUCGGCAACCAUGUGCAAGAUGUAAACAAAUGGAUUUCCAAAAACGACGAUUUCUCGACGAGCUCAUAAAAUUUAUCUGCUGUUUAUAUACAUACAAGUGA